AUGAUGAAAAAACAGCAAAUUCUUGGCAUUUCAGUUGUGCAAGAUUCACCUCCUGAUAUAGAAUUAUUAGAAAAAAAAGCUGAAAUAAUCAGCAGAGAUUUUCAAAAUAGUUCAUUUGAUGAUCCACAUUUUGAACGAUUAUGGUUUGAGACAUAUGAAUAUCGAAAAAAUUUUAUAAAACAAAACACAGUUGAAGAUAUUUUAAAACAAUUUCCAGCUUACUCAAAUUCAUCUAUGAUUUUAGCAGAUGUUAAAAUGUUAACAGGUAUUGAUUUGAGCCAUUCAGUUCAAGAAAAACUUGAUACACUUGCUGAUAAAAUCUGUACUACAACUAAAUUUCCAACCGAUAGUUCAUGUGUUCGCUGUUUAAAGGUAUUAUGUGAAUUAUUGAAUGAUUCUUGGAAACAUUAUAUCUAUUUCUAUCCUGAAAAACUGGCUUCUCCACAACCAUCGAUCGUAGUUGAAGAUGACAAUAUAAAAAUCUAUGUUGAUGGGUGUUAUGUAUGCUCAUCAAAUUCAAUAGAAGGUAUUGCUGUACUUAUUGGUCUAUAUUGUUUGAUGAAUCUCAAGUUUCAUCCUCAUCGUACUACUUCAAGAUUUAUAUACGUUUAUUUGAUGAGUGAUAAAUAUCAACAAUCAAAUAUUAUUCGUCGAUUUUGUAAAGAAUACAAUAUCGAAGUUCAAGAUAAACCCAUACUAACAUCUGUUUCUCGACCUGAACGAAUAGAAAAUAAUGAAUUAUUAGUUGACGAUGAUACUACAAAUGAUAAUAAUGCUUUAAUAAAUAGUCAUGAACAAAAUAAUAGUACACAAAUAUCUGAUCAGAUUCACGUGUUGCAAUUUCCACCAAUUUCACCUGAUCAACAAAGUCCAUCAAAGAGAAAAGCAAAUCAAAUAUGUGAAUCUGAACAAUCACUUACAGAAAAUUAUCCACCAACUAAAAAACCUGCACGAGCUACUCGCCGUAAACGAUGA